AUAGUAAUAACAUGUGUACGAGGUCAUCAUAACAGAAUGUGAAAUAAUGAUGAUAUUAACAAGAAAACUUUAUUGCCAUACAUUAUCUCUUUUUAAAAAAAGACUGUAUAUAACUCAAAAAGGAUAUGCUAGAAAUGAUGGAUCCAUAUGUCGAAAUGCUUCUCAUAUGUUUUAGAUCUGACGCGUUAGUAAUAGUGGACAGUAACCGUACUAGGUAAGUUUGUUAAACGAACUCGCCCACUGACUCGACUGGUUUUCACUUGGUUUAAAUAAACGAUCGACUGUAUACAAAUAAAUGUGACCUAGUCGAGCACAAACUUGUUUACAAAACAUGGCGUCAAUCAAUUAGUAACGUCAGAAAUCAUAUAAAUUUCAACUAUUAAGACAUUCAAACUCCUGCACAACUAUGUGAAAUAUUGACUCGAGUAUUCAGAGAGCAUUGGACACUUUAAUUAUAUUAUUAUACAUCAUUGUGUGGAGACAUACAUACAAACCUUAACAAGAGUGCAAGUGACUGCAUUGAGGAGGUAUUAUUGAGGUCAGAGUCGCCAUGGCUGGAAGACACAGGCAACAGUUACGUGCCCCUUAUGACACAACUGAUGAUUAUGAUUCCUUUCCUCCACCUAAAAGACAGCAGAAUGGUAUUCCCGAGUAUGACACAAGAUACAACUCACCUCGCGUGCAGGAACUUCCUCGUUCACGUGGGACAUCCAGGAACCCAUCAAGAUUGGACAUUCUUGAGGACAGGAUUGCGCAACAAGAGAAGAAUUCACAAGCCGUGAUGGAUCGAGCAUUCAAGACAAAAGAAGAUGUGAUUGAGAGUUUAAACUACACACACGGGACGUGGCAGGAAGAGAAACAUGCCCGAUCCAUGUUACAGGAACACAUCCGCACGAUCACGGCAGUUGUCAACAGGCUCAAUGGUGAUAUUUCCAAUCUGGAGGAGCAGAUAAAAGCCCGAGACAAUGCCGCCGUGGGCACCAACUCAGCUGUCAAGAAUCUCGAGGUUCACCACGUGGCUACCCUCACCGACUUAAGGGGGCGGGUUGUGCGGUGUGACUCCUCUCUCGCAAAACUCUCGCAGGAGAUCCGGCAGUGUUUCGAGGCUGUCAAACAGGUGGGGCAGGGGCAGUCAGACCAGCAGAACAGACUUCUGGACAGAAUACAUGAGAUGGAGUCAAAGAUUGUGUCACUCACGGGAAGUUUGGAGCGUACACAUGGGGAAUCGAAGAUGAAGAUGCAGCACAUAGAGAGCGACGCAGGACAGCAGAUGGCGCAACUUGAUGCUCGCACUCGCCAGGUGAUAGACGAUCUGAAACACAGCAUCAAUACAUUCCAGCAGCACGCAGAGGUGGAGCGCGAAAAGUUUGAAGGCAAGCUGCUUGCCAUGAUGGACAGUCAAGCGCAAGUCCAGAACCAGGCAGUGGAAAAGCUUGAUGGUCGUUUGGAAGAGCUACAAUAUGUGAUGGAGGAACGCAUGAACAAACUUGACAACAUGAUCCGUGCUGAGGGUGAACGCCUCUCCGAAAUGCAGCAGCACAUAGAGAACAAGGUGAUAACAAGGCUGGAUGCGGCUAUCCGCCAGCAGCACGACGAAAUUGCCAAGGUGAAACGUGACACUAGAGACGGCUUCUCAACGGUGCAUGAGAGCAUCAGCAACAUGAAGACGGUGAUGGAGGGCAAGAGGAAACUCCUCGAGGACCAGCUACGCAAGGAGAUCAGCCAGAUUCGAAAAAUGGUUGUUCUGGUCUGAGGGUGUGAGAGUUAAGGGGAGGGAGUCUAGGGGUGAAAGGGAUCUUUGGUUGAUUAAUGCAGCACGAGAAGUAUGUUCUGGAAAUUGAAUUAUGAGGUUGCAAGAUAAUGUUGAAGCUUAUUAAUGGAGUCCAAAACUUUGAAUGAAAUUCUUUUUAUGCUCCUCUAGAUAGUAUAUAGUGUUUGCACUGUCUGUCAUUCCAUUUGUAUGUUCUGAACAAAAUUUUGUCUGCACAAUAAUUCACUCUGAACUAUAAAAUUUCAGUGGCUGGUUGCCUCUGACCAAAUAUGACCCCUAUUGUUUGGGGGGUCACUAGGUCAAAAAUCAAGGUCAAUAGUCUAUUGAAAACUUGCACUACCUAACUGUUCAUGCACUAACUGGAGACCAGUUUGACCUAGGACCAUCAAACUUUAGUGGCAGGUUGCCCUUGACCAGUAGAUGACUUGUGUUUUGGGAUCACUACCGUAGGUUAAAGGUCAAGAACACAGUCAACAGUCUUUGUCCACAAAAUUACUUGACAAUUUAUUGAUAUCUAUGACCAUGGAAAUUCAGUGGCCUGCAGAUGACCCUAUGAUUUUGGUCAAUAUGUCUAAGGUUAAUUGUCAAUGCUUUGAAUUGAAUUAUCAUAUCUUUCUGAUCAAGUGGCACUCACGGGGCAUAUCAUUUGACAAACAUCACUCGUUGUUUCUUACUAGUUAUACAUCUUUUUACUCAAAUGAAAUAAAAAAUAAAUGUAUAAAUUAGUAUUUUCAUAAAAAACAAAAUAUUAAUGCUAUAGUGAUUGGUAUUGCACUACAGAUUAACAAUAUUUUUAGCACCUUUUGUUUUAGUUACCUUUUGUUAAAAACUCAGGGUUAAAUACUUUCAGAGAUUUUAUUGAAAUUGCCAAAAGUAUGUUAACUUUAUGUAGUCAAAUAUAAUCAAAAUUAGAAUAUGUCAUACACCUCCAAGACUUCAUUGAUUUGUUCUAAUGUUAAGAUAUUUCAAGCUACAUGAUAAUUAUUCAGUCAAAAUGUGCUGUCAACAAACUUUUGUGUUAAGAAUAGAUGCAAUUCAAUUUAAGACGCAUGUUUAUUUUAUUCUGGAUUUAAAAAAUGCAAGACAUAGUAUUCUUAAAUAACGAUAAAACAAGAUUUUUUCAAGAAAAGGAUUCAUGUGCUCAUUAUUACAACGGUGUGUUCAUUUGUGUAGGAAAUGCAUGAAAAAUCUUAAUUCACUCAUAUUUUUGUUUUAGUUCUUUUUGAAGAUUUUUCAAGAGCUUAUCCUUUGUUCUCAAUUUUAAUGCUGUAUUUGUUUUUUUGUAUUUUGUUUUCUAUUAAUUUUGAAUCAUUUAAUAAUACUUAAAGAGAAGUUUGCCAUAGCCAACACUGACACCUCCAGUGAAUCAAUCACUAAGUAUAAAUUUUGUCCAGAGUGCAAAAUUGAAUACCAAGGUAAAAAGCACAAGUGUAAGAAGGUCUAAUUUCCAUGACUGUAAUAGGAUCAUUAUUACUGAGUUAUACGUUUUUUUCACAAAAUUAUGAGAAUUGCUUCAACAUUCAAGCUGUUAUUGUUCGAUGUCACAAUAUGCCAAAUAGCAUCACACCGAAGUUUGGUUAUUGUCACUGAAAUAUAAUCAAGUGUUGUUUUACAUGGCACAUAUGAAUUGUGUGAAAUAGUAUUCCACAUUUUGUACAUUUUUGGAUUCAGGUGCCCAGAAUUGCAUUGGCUCUUUGCACCCGGGUACAGUUUUUGUGGCUGAAAUAUGCAUCAAGUGUUGUUUUACAUGGCACAUGUGAAAUAGAAUUGCAUGAUAUGUAAAUAUUGGGGUCCAGAUGAACUUACCCAUAGGUAGAACAAUCAUUAUUUGUUACUUGUUAGUCUCGUCUUCCACUGUGAUACGCGUGUUGUUUUACAUUGGAAUCUUUAUGGCAUGUUGUAUUUACAUACCAUCAAGUUAUUGUUGUAAAUGGGGUCAGUUAUUUUUAUCAAGUUGUACUUGCAAGAACUAUCGAUUUAUCUUUUAAAGCUGUUUCUAUGUCAUCUUAUAUUACAAAGAGUUUUGUAUUUUUCAUGCAAGUAAAUUUUACCAAUGUUAUUUAUAUCAAAGAUACUUUUUAUUUUAUUUCGUAUAUGUUUUAGUUGGGACACUCCUCUUGUCAAUUGCAACAUGUUUGUGCCAACCUUGAUAUUGUAUCACACAUUUUUGGCAUCGAGUUCAUUAUACAUUUGUAUUUUACCAUAUCAUUUAGCCAUAGUAAUAUACAUGCUAUAUAGUUUGUUUUCCUGUGUGUUGUAGAUAGAAUAUGUUAGUUCAGAAGCAACUUUUACAUUCCAAUUCCGUCCAUUAUGUUUGAUGUCCAGAUAUUUAUAUCACCAUUCAUUAUUGCUGCCAUCAUUUGAGUGUCGAGCAAGUUGUGAUAUGCUGGUAUAAAAACGAGUGCCACAUUUUGUAUGUCACUUCCAUGCCCAUCAACUUAUGGCAUCUGCAUGUUGAUAUUUCCUUGAUUUCCUUCCUGUCAAAACUUUUAUCUCACCCGUUUUUGAAAAAAAUAAUUGGUUCUAUUGUUGGUAAAAACGUUGACCUUAACUGAAUAACCUUUCAUUAUUUUCAAAGGGAACUCAGUAAUCUUAUUGCCAGAGACAAGACGCACAUAUACAAGGCCCAUAGUUAAGGCUUCAAUAAUUGUUGAGUCAUACCCUCUUUUUUAAAUAAGAACCGCUCACUUUUGUUCAUAUGACUGUAAAACCUAAGCUUAUUCCACAGACUAAAAUCAAAUUAUAAGAUUUUUAAAAACCUUUUAACGAUCAAGUAUAUACCAUAAUGCCAAAAUACAGCAGUAUUUAAUUUAGUUAAACAACAGUAACCAUCAUCAUGAAUGUAGUUUUGUAACCAGUCUAGUCUGAACUGUCAAGUUUUCUAUCAUGGCUGUAUUCAUGUUCAUUCAUUACAUUGUCAGGGUUUAGAUCCAAAAUACAUCUUGCAAAUGCAUUUUCAUGGUAUUUCUAUAAAUAAAACUAUAAAUUAAAAAAACUGCUUGUCUUGUGUUUUUGUAGUUCAUAUGCCACAAGACGAUACAAUCCUGUCUUGUGUGUCAUUUUUAGAUACCGCACCAAUUAUCCCCUCCCUGGAAGCAUGUGAUCACAGCUUCUUUCAUCUGACAGGUGGUACAUUCAUCCA